AUGUGGCUUGUUGGCGGGCCUGGCAUUGGUAAGACAGUCCUGGCAAAGUACCUCAUCAAGUCACUGCAGCAACGCGGUGACAAUGGCAAGAGGACAAUCUAUUUUUUCUGUGACCGCCGGAGGAAAAAGGAUGGGUACAAAGCUGUCUUCAUCCUGCGCAGCCUGAUAUACCAAUGUAUGACCAUCGCGGAAUGCCUCGGCAAGGGGCACGUCAAACCAACGUACGACACGUAUGGCCCGCACUUGCUCAAAAACAAUGGCAAACUGGCAAAACUCUUCGUCGACAUGAUGUCGGAUCCUGGACAAGGGGAGUGGUAUUGCAUCAUUGACGCGUUGGAUGAUUGCGAGGAGGAGGAAACGAAGAUAUUACUCGAGGGAAUUGUUGCUGAAUCACAGGGAGCUGACGGAGAAUACCCGCGCUUUCUCCGGCUUCUCAUCACAAGCAGACCUUGCGGAGCAAUCAGGUCGGCAAUUUGCAAUCUGAAGAAUGCGAAAGUCGUGCACUUUACUGAUCCAGCCGGCAAACAAUUGAAUGAAGCUGACAUUGCAGGAUACAUCUCGGACCACGUCCGUGAGUUUGAGCACUACCCAGAAGAGAAGAAACCAAGUGUGGAAAAGCAAUUAGUCGAAAAGGCCAGCGGGAGCUUCACCUGGACAAUCUCGAUGAUUCACCAGCUUGACAAAAAACCUCCUGACUGGUACUAUAAGCUGUUGGCAGAAAUACCUUCGGGCAUGGAAACCAUGGUAGCGAGGAUCAUCGAUCGGGCAAAGCCAGAGAGCCUAUUGUUGAUCCAACUGCUGGCCGUGGUCCAACGCCCAAUGUCGGUCACAGAGUUGGCAACACUCAUCGCAAUGCAGGGCAGCCCGUUCGAUGAUCUUUUCGCUCUCGUGCGCCCUGCCUCGGCUAUAGCAAUACGCGACAAGAUUCGGUUCGGCGAGGAGUCCUUGAAAAUCUGUGAUGAUGAGAUCAUGUUCUUUCAUCCUUCGAUGCCCAAACAGCUACAUAAGAUGUGGGCCGAGGACGUAUUUCGGGAGAUGCACCUGAGAGUCGCCGAGGCCUGCCUGAUCUACCUUAUAUCCAUAGAUGACAGCCAUCAUCCUUUACAGGGGAGGCGCAAGGCCGACUGCGGCGCCGAAUACAAAACACUUCUCGAUGCGCUGCCAUUGCUCGAGUACGCUGCGGCACAUUGGCCGACUCAUCUACAUUUUGCCGGCCCAGACAGCGCAUCCCGGUUGUGGCUACUCCUGGAACAAAGCCUCAGCUGCUACACCAAAAGAGAGCUUUCAUUCCAAGUGUACCGGUUCUGGCAUCAUGAUGACUACAUUGAAGGUCAGUCGCUCCUUCAUAUUCUAGUGCUACACAACCUCACGUCCAUUGUUCGUCGAUUGUUUGCCGGAGAUCUCCAGCCAGUUCCACUGUGCCAGGUCAACGAUAGCGACUCAACGGGUAGAACUCCCCUUUGGUGGGCUGUCAAGAAAAGGCACAAGGACAUGGUGAGCCUGUUGCUGAAGCACAGGGGCGUCGAUUGCAAUAUUCAAGAUCGCGAAGCGAAGAUGUCCCCGCCCGUUCUGGCCAUAAAGAGCGGAUUCACCGACAUAGUUCAGCUUUUCCUCGAAAUUGAGUCCACCCGGGUUAGUUGGGGUAGGUUGAAGUCGAAUGGCGCGACUUUCACUCCCUUGUACUGGGCUGCCACCAGUAAUUUCGAGGACUUGGUUGUACUACUCCUGCCUCAGAAGGAGUUUUCCCAGGAUUUAGAGGAACCAUGCGCUCGUCAAACACCUCUUGUGACAGCUGCACGGAAUGGGUACAGCGGGAUCGUCAUGGCACUUUUGAGAGCUGGCGCUCGGCGUAAUACUACUGAUGACGCUGAGCGGCUGAGUGCAUUUUCGUGGGCGGCAAGAAACGGCCACAAGGAGGUAGUGGAUCGCCUGCUCCUAUACCAGGACGUCGACAUCUAUCUCAGAGAUCCAAAGCUGGAUUGGAAUGCUUUCCAGUGGGCUGCAGCACACAGCCACGAAGGAAUAGCAUCCAGGAUACUAGACGAGAUGUGCCGCAGGUGGGGCACUCAAGCUCAACAGAGGUGCAUAUCCCUCCUCUUGGAAGCUGCCGAAAGAAGUCAACUGGGGGCUUUAAACAUUCUACUACGGCGCAAUGGCAUCAUGCCAGACUCGACGAAUCGCCCAGAUGUCAGGACAGCAUUGUCUCUUGCGGCAGAGAAUGGUCAGACCACCAUUGUUCAGCGACUCAUAGGGGAUAAGCAUACCAACAUCAACUCAGUCGACAAGGAUCGGAAGACACCGCUGAUGUGGGCGGCCGACAAAGGGCAUGUUCAGAUUGUGGAGCUUUUGCUUCGGUCUACGAGAAUCCAUGUGGACGCUGUAGACUCGAAGAAAAGAACCGCUUAUGACUGGGCGCUCAUGCAAGGACGAUCGGAGGUCUGCAGAUUGCUCGCAGGCAUGCAGCGUCCUCUUGAACACAGAGGCGGCCCUAUCCGGGCAAGCGGCUCUUCCCCAACAGCUUCGAGGCCGAUGUGA